UAUGUCUUCACUGUCCCUUUAGGCUCGCGCAACACGUUAGCUGAUUAGUUGUGUGAGUUUUUGUGAGAGAAGACGGGAUUUUAACGAGGUUUUGUCCUAAAAACAGUAUAGAUACGAGGUUGCCUGGGUUCAAAUACAUGUUAUAAAGGUAUAAACAUUGUAAAACUGAGAUGGAGGACGUUCUUAUUAAUGUGAAAGGUCUGGCAGAGAGUCUUCUUAACAGACAGAGUGAUGACAGUGUGAACGACUUGAUUGAGACGCUGUUUGAAAAAGUUCAGUCGCUUGAGAAACCCACUAAAAUUCAAGAUACAGAGGUUGAAGAAUGUGCUAUUCAGUUGUGGAACUGGGCUGUGACCAAAAAUAUUGGUUCUGUUAUUAGUGAGCAACAAAAAGCCAAAGUGCGUCUUGUGGCCUGCAAACUCCUGUAUGUGUGUGAAACCGAGGAACCACCUGAGAAUGUUAUUCGCAAACAGAUUAUGAUGGCCAGUAAGACAGGGAGAACAUGGCUUGAUUGUAAAAACCCUAAGCUUGCCGAUGACUUUUUAAAACUUGCAGUCAGUAGUCUGGAGACUCUUUACUGCAGACUAACAUCCCAUGGAGCUGGUGUUUCUGAUACCAACACACCGAAAGGAGAUGUAGAGAAAGAUCUUCUGCGUGUUCUCUCUUAUCAAGCAGAAUCUGCAGUUGCUCAAGAGAAUCACCAGGAGGCAGUGUCCUGCAUGCAGCGGUGUAAAGAGAUGCUUCUUAGGCUUCCUAAGGAGACUGGCUAUUUGUCUCUCAUCUGCUACAACUUCGGAGUGGAAACAUAUAAUCAAAAGAAGCUUGAAGAAAGCUCUUUUUGGCUCAGUCAGAGCUAUGACAUAGGGAAGAUGAAUCCCAAGUACUCCCCUGGGCCAGAAAUGCAAGCCAAAGUCUUGAGACUCCUUGCUACUGUCUAUUUGGAAUUAGACUGUCAGAAGUACCAGGAGAAAGCUCUUCAUGCUGUGAGCCUGGCUAAUAAGGAAUUCUUUCACCCAUCUGGCCUUUAUCUAAAAAUCCGUAUUUUAGUAAAGAGUAAAGCAUCAGAUGAAGUGGUCAAAUCUGGAUUAACUGAGCUACUCGACUCUGAUGUUGUUCUGGAUGUAUGUCUGAGCACAGCAAAACUGCUAAUGGCAGAGGACAGAGAAACCCUGGCCUUUGACUUCCUGAAGAGGAUGUGUCAGCAUUUUGAGUCAUCUCCUGAGCUGGGCUCGGUACUCCUGUUGCAUAUUGAGCUGCUUCUGCAGAAAGGCAAAGAGCUGCUAGGCAAGCAGAAAAUUGAGGAUGCAAUCACAGGUCAUUAUUCAGGCAGACAGUUAUCACAACACAAUCUGAAUUCCCUGCAUCUCCUUUUGUGGGAUAAAGCUUCGAAAAACUUUGAGGCUAAAAACUACUCAGAGGCUCUGCAGUGGUACAACUACUCACUAAGUUUUUAUAAGGCUGGACAACUCGAUCAAAACCUGGCAAAAUUGCAAAGGAAUCGAGCUUCCUGCUUUCUUCACUUACAGCAGCUUGAUAAAGCAAAGGAAGCAAUUUCGGAUGCUGCCAAUAGCGAUCCAAACAACAUCUUCACACAUUUUAGUAUCUACAAGAUUGCUGUUCUGGAGAAAAAUGUAGAGAAGGCUGCUGAGGCUGUGAGAGAGAUAAGUGUUCUGGCCCAGUCACCUGUGACCACUGAGGACACGAUUCUUGUGACUGAAAAUGCAGCAGCCAACAUUCUCAGCUUGGCAGCUCAGAUUGCCUUAGAGAAUGAGCAACAGGAGACCGCCAUGAAAGCCCUGGAGAGCCUGUGUGAACACUCACAAGAUGUAGCACAAGUGCUCACUGCCCUCAGGUGUUUAGUUCGACUUGUGCUAUCAACAAUAGAAAUGGCACAGGGAGAAAAGAGGGAUACCAGUUUAGAUGUUCUCCUGUCAUAUCUAAAGAUGGCACUUCAGAAUGUGUCCCACCUCAUGCAAGUUCCUGGCCAUGGAGCUGACCAGUGUUCUGAGGAGGCCAACUGGUUCAGGAGGAUAGCGUGGAACACAGCCCUGCUGUGUGAGAGUAGCCCUGUUAGAAUGAGGGAUUUUUUUGUCCUCUCCUACCAGCUGUCACGGCUCUGUGCCCCAGGCAGAGGUGUGUUGAUGGGUCAGAAAACAUGUUUGCUAAUGGCUGCUGCUGCCAGUCUGGAGAUCUGCAGGAUGUCUCCUCAGUCUGAACAACAGACUGAAAUCCUGACUCAAGCUUUAGAACACAUUCAGAUCUGCUGGGAAGUAUGGAGAGCUUUAAAAACUACAGGUGAAUCUUCUAAAGAUCCAACCGAAACCUUGUUACUCUUGUAUGAGUUUGAGGCUCGGGCCAAGCUGAAUGACUCCAAGCUGGAGUCUGUGCUCGAGUGUGUUCUGGAGCUUGAUAACAUUGACACCAAAAUGCUGGAGACAAUUGCAGCAUUAGCUAUGGAACCUCCUGCCCAUUUCCCAGGGCUGUGUAAAAAAGCUUUGAGGAUCGCCCUUUCUCUGCACAGACAAGGCCCACAUGCAGACUUGUCACGUUGCAGCAACUGCCUACACAGUCUUAUCCAGCUGUCUCUGCCCAGUGGAGUGUGUGAAGUGGAACCCCGCGUGUUAGAGGAAGUGUGGGGUUACUAUGAAGAAGCCUUGUCCAUCAUUGCCGCCACACCAGAAGACUUUCCCGAACUGGAGGUCCUGUGGCUUUUGACACGAGCGUGGAACACAGGGAUCCUGCUGUACAGUCUGGCUCAGUACCCUGAAGCAGAGAAAUGGUGCGGCUUGGGGAUGAGGUUCCUGCGCCACCUGGGCUCUUUGCAGGAGAGCUAUCACACUCAGAUGACUGGUCUGUAUAGUGAGGUGCUGGACAGGUUGGACAAAGCCAAGAAGAGUAUCAUAAUGGAGGAAUAAACAUCUUUUUAGGCUUAUGUUGUUUUUGAGUUCAGUAGGUGACAUUUCUGUAACACUAGAAAAUGUAAGUUUUUUGCUGUUCAGUUCUAUUUUUGUAGUUUGUGGUUUUGCCAAAUUCUAAUAUCACUUUACUGAUAAAAAAUAACCCAUUCAAUCUUAACAGAACCACAGAUUUUAUUAUUUCCAAACAAAUAAACUCUUGUCCAGUCCAAAAAAAGAAACAAAAAGAAAAAAAUAUAAAUAAAAUAUAAUAAACAAAAAAAAUCUAGGACUGUGUUCCCUCCUGACCAGGAUAUAAGACUUAUUUUCCUUGUGUCCUGAUAGAUUUCUACCAUUUGUAUUCACAGGGAGGACACCACUGUACAAUCAGUUCAUAUUUGCAAGCACUUACUGCACAUGUGCUUUCACAUCAACAACUAAUCAUCACCCAAAACGACAAACCAGAACCCCUGUGCCCCACCCGUCAACAAGUUUAUUUCAUCACUUCUCUAGGGAAUAGACACCCUCAUCAACACACUGGGAACCAUUCAGAUUCAGUGGAUGAUUCGAUAACCUCAAUAGAAAGAGUACAAUGAAUGAAAAUUCUUUGGGCUUUACUGACAUGGCUGACUGACAUCAGACACAUUAACAGUCAGCUGUGUUUUUUUUUUCCACUUGACACCAGAGAGGACCAUUUCUACACUAAAUGAGUUUGUUAUGCUCCUGGUUAACUUUAUGUC